AUUAUUGAUAGGCGUCCGGCUGUAGAGCUGGUGGGAGGAUCACACAGCAAGGCUUCGGUUUGCGCGGACGUCCUGGCGUUUUGGCACUACUACCACCUGAAGCUCUUCCGCUUCCUCUUUUCUCUGGCUCCGCCCCCAGCGUCCUGUGGCCAUGACGACCGCCCCGCGGGACUCUCUGGUGUGGAAGCUCGCGGGGCUUCUGCGCGAGUCCGGGGAUGUGGUGCUGUCUGGCCAUAGCACCCUGACCCUGCUGACUGCCACACUGCAGCACCUGAACCACGUAUUUGAGCUGCAUCUGGGGCCAUGGGGCCCUGGCCAAACAGGCUUUGUGUCUCUGCCCUCCCAUCCCGCCGACUCCCCCAUCAUCCUCCAGCUUCAGUUCCUCUUCGAUGUGCUGCAGAAAACGCUUUCACUCAAGCUGGUCCAUGUCCCAGGUCUUGGCCUCUCAGGGCCCAUCAAAAUUUUUCCCUUCAAGUCCCUUCGACAGCUGGAGCUCCGAGGUGUCCCCCUCCACUGCCUCCAUGGCCUCCGUGGCAUCUAUUCCCAGCUGGAGACCCUGAUCUGCAGCAGGAGCCUCCAGGCAUUAGAGGAGCUGCUCUCAGCCUGCGGUGGUGACCUCUGCUCUGCCCUGCCCUGGCUGGCUCUGCUAUCUGCUGACUUCAGCUACAAUGCCCUGACUGCCUUAGACAGCUCCCUGCGUCUCUUGUCAGCUCUUCGCUUCUUGAACCUUAGCCACAAUCAAGUCCAGGACUGCAAGGGCUUCCUGAUGGAUUUGUCUGAGCUCUGUCACCUGGACAUCUCUUACAACCACCUGCGUUUAGUGCCGAAAAUGGGACCCUCAGGGGCUGCUCUGGGAACCCUGAUUCUGCGGGGCAAUGAGCUCCAGAGCCUGCAUGGCCUGGAACAGCUGCGAAACCUGCGGCACCUGGAUGUGGCCUACAACCUGCUGGAGAGACACAGGGAGCUGGCGCCACUGUGGCUGCUGACGGAGCUCCGCAAGCUCUGCCUGGAGGGGAACCCCUUGUGGUUCCACCCUGAACACCGCGUGGCCACCGCCCGGUACCUGUCGCCCCGCGCCCGGGACGCUGCUGCUGGGUUCCUUCUUGAUGGAAAGGCCUUGUCACUGACUGAUUUACAGAGCUCCACGUCCUCAGGGCUCAGCACCACGGCACCACCUCCGCCCUGGCCAGUGGGGAGUACGAUUGAAACCUCCGGUGGCCCUGACGUGAGUGACAGCCCCUCGUCAGGGGGCGUUGUGGCCCAGCCCCCGCUCCGCAAGGUGAAGAGCCGAGUCCGCGUGAGGCGGGCGAGUAUCUCGGAACCCAGUGACACAGACCCGGAGCCCCGGACUCUGGACCCCUCCCCGGCUGGGUGGUUUGUGCAGCAGCAUCGGGAGCUGGAACUCAUGAGCAGCUUUCGGGAGCGGUUCGGCUGCGACUGGCUGCAGUAUCGGAAUCACCUGAAGGCCUCUGCCCCCAGCACGUUGUCCCCGGACGCCCUGAGCCCAGGGCCUGCGCCCAGCCCUCCACCGCUUGAGGAGUCUCCGCAGGAGGUGGCAGAGGAGGUCCGGCCAGAGCUGGAGCCUCGGGAGGAAGAGGAGCUGGAGGAGCAGGGAGAAGAGGAGGGAGGAGAGGAGCAAAGCGAAGUGGAGGUGGAGCUCUGCCGGCCCAUGUUGGUGUGUCCCCUGGAGGGGCCCGAGGGCGUGCGGGGCAGGGAAUGCUUUCUCUGGGUCACUACGGGCCACCUGUUUGAGGUGGAGCUCCAAGCGGCUCGAACCCUGCAACGGCUUGAGCUUCAGAGUCUGGAGGCAGCUGAGAUAGAGGCAGAGACCCAGACCCAGAGCGAGCAGGUGCCUGAGGGCUCAGAUCCACGACCCCAGGGCCCCGUCCUUGCUCUCCGCUUCUCCUACAUUUGCCCCGACCGGCAGCUGCGUCGCUACAUGGUGCUGGAGCCAGAUGCCCAGGCGGCUGUCCAGGAGCUGCUGGCUGUGCUGACCCCAGCAGCCACCUCUCAGCAUCAGCUUGAGGAAGCAGGGGGCCCACCAGGGGACAGACUCCAGUGUCUGCGCUGUGGCCGCGAGUUCAAGCCAGAGGAGCCCAGGUUGGGGCUGGACGGUGAGGAAGGCUGGAGGCCACUGUUCUCCCGGAAGACAGAAUCAUCUGCUGUGUGUCCGUACUGUGGUAGUGAUCACGUGGUUCUUCUGGCCGUGUCCCCCGGAACUCCCAGUGGGGAGCGGAGACAGGAAGAGCAAUCACUGGCCCCCUCGCAGUCCCCGAGCACUGUCCAUGACCCUCCUGGCCACACCGACCCCAGCAACGGGGCUGGCAGUGCCCCAUCCCAGGCCCCAGCCUCCCAUGACCACCACAGUUGGAGCCUCAGCCCGCCCCCUGAGCGCUGCGGCCUCCGCUCCGUGGACCACCGACUCCGACUCUUCCUGGAUGUCGAGGUGUUCAACGAUGCCCAGGAGGAGUUCCAGUGCUGCUUCAAGGUACCGCUGGCAUUGGCAGGCCACCUGGGGGAAUUUCUGUGUCUUGUGGUUGUGUCUGACCAAAGGUUCUACGUGUUGAAGGUGACAGGGGAGAUCUGUGGGCCCCCGGCAAGCUGGCUGCAGCCAGCUCUGGCUGUUCCCCUGCAGGAUCUGCGGCACAUAGAGCUGGGCCUGGCGGGACAGAGCCUGCGGCUGGAGUGGGCAGCCGGGGCGGGGGCCUGUAUCCUGCUGCCCCGAGAGGCCAAGCGCUGCCGGGCCUUCCUGGAGGAGCUCACUGAUGUCUUGCAGUCCUUGCCCCCGACGCGGAGGAGCAGUGUCAGCGCCACGGAGGAGGAGGUGACCCCGAAGCACAGGCUCUGGCCACUGCUGAAGACAGACUCUUCCUCGGAGCCUCCCCGGUUCUUCUACCUUCGAGCGUUCCUGGUUGAAGGACCCACUGCCUGCCCUGUGUCCCUGUUGCUGACUCUGUCCACCCUGUACCUGUUAGAUGAGGACCCUACAGGGUCCCAGGCAGAGCCCCCUCCUCCAGCAGCGUCUGGCGAAGCAUCUGAGAAGGCCCCACCCCCUAGGCCAGGCCCCUCAGUGAGCGUCAGGGAGCAGCAGCCCCUCAGCUGCCUGAGCUCCGUGCUGCUGUAUCGCGUGGCCCCGGAGGCCCUGCGGCUGGUCUUCUAUGACGAGGUGUCCCGGCUGGAGAGCUUUUGGGCACUCCGAGUUGUGUGUCCGGAGCAGCUGACGGCCUUGCUGGCCUGGAUCCGGAAGCCCUGGGAGGAGCUGUUUUCCAUCGGACUCCGAACUGUGACCCAGGAGGCUCUGGACCUUGACCAGUGAGGCUGCUGGGCUGCCCCCGCCCCUGCCGUAGAAGCCACGGCUGCAGAUGUCCUCUCUCCAGGCUCUGGCCCCUGACUUGUCUGGCCUCUGGGCACUGGCCAGCAAGGCCCCGGAUGACCCCAGCGCAUGGGCAGGGUGAGAGGACUAGUCCGGCCUCUAGUUGACCUGGCCCCAAGGGGUGGGCCGAGUGGUCAGAAGGAGUGUUUCUCUUGCACUUUCCUCAGGUAUCAAUAAAGCUGUUUCCAUUCCAGAUGCCAUAGGGGCACCUGGAAGUGUCA